AUGGAAAUCAUUAAUUACAAAACCUCAAUUUUUAUUGUACUGGGAAUGUUCAUACAAGAGAAUUUUACAAAAGAAGUAGACAUGGAGAACAUAACAAUAGAACUGGACAAAAUAUCGAAUCCAUUAGCGAAUCUAAUACGAAACGAAAAUGAAAUUGGAGAUGUCAGCCGCAACGGAGACCACACAAAGGACGCUUUACCGAGAGUGAAACGGCAAUCCUAUUACGAUUAUGAUCCAUACUACCGCAGAAGACGGCCCCCAAUUAUUGUGCCUAUUUUAUUUGGUGGAGGCGGUUUUAUUGGAGGCAGAGGAUAUGGUGGAAGAGGUUUCGGCGGCAGGGGCUUCGGUGGAAGAGGUUUUGGGGGAAGAGGUUUCGGUGGCAGAGGGUUUGGGGGAAGAGGUUUCGGUGGCAGAGGAUUUGGCGGCAGGGGCAUCGGAGGAAGAGGUUUCGGAGGACGUGGAGGCUUUGGAGGGGGAAGGGGUGGAAGAGGGUAG